CCAUUCGACAUAUAAGGCCAUUUGAACAACGGGCUCCAGUCUCGACAAAUUCAACAUACUCUUCGGCUUACCUAUCUCAUAUCUACCUACUUGUUUAUGACUGGCCAAGGACCGUGCGACGUCUAGUCCUAAACACACCAACCGACUUCUGAAGAGCUGUACUGACUGAGAGUCCUGUGGUCCAUUAGGUUUCCUGGUCUCUACGUUUAUUUGGGGUUCGGCUGCAAGGGCAGAUUAGUGAGCUGCGGCUUAGAGGUACUGACGAUAACAUGGCAGGCUUCAGCCGUUCGUUUAAGCCAUCUUCAUACUUGUCUUCCAUGAAAAGACGACCGCCUCCACCUUCGAGAAACAUGUCAAGUUCAUCCGAAGCGUCACCUCUCUCAUCACCCGACAUCCGGCAAGACGAUAUUAUCUUCUCUACGAGACCUUCGCCAAAACCAUCGAUGGAUAAUCCAUCGCACAAACCCGGAUCUUCUCCAAAUCUUAGACCUAUUGGCGGAAAAAAAGACCAGGUCCUUUUCGACGCUCCUAGAUCAACGCCUGCUCGAGCCAAACCAAUUGCAAUCGAGUUGCCCACUGUAAAGAAGGUUAAUAGUGCUCCUGUUUACACUCCACCUGCACCUCUUUCAGCUCGCGGCGAUCUUCCUGGUGGUUAUUUUCCCUUGCAUGAGGAGCAAGCCCGUAUUUAUCGUCCUCACCCGUUUCAGCUUGAUGCUUCCCAGGCCCGUAUGAAAUCCAUCGAACGUGCGAGCCAGUCCGACUCCCCCGGUCCUGAGAAAACCACUUCCGCUAAAGCAUCGACGGGAGCUAUCCCUUCUACUACGGCCCCCGUAACUAUGCCAGAACGAUCCACGAAGCUUGCGCCACCAAAUGCCACAAGCAUGCCAGAACCUAGUUUCGAUUCCAGGUCUCACACCCCCGUUGCUAGCUACAUGCCGACUGGCACCCAGGACAGCCCUCUACCAAUGGGCAAGUAUUACCCUUCCAACUAUGUGAAGAGAAAAGAAGAAAAGCGAAGCCAGCAGACCCGCCCACCAACGUCGACCCCGUUGCCUCCGAUGGGAUCCAAGUCGGAAUCACUUGUACCUACCACCAGAGACUCUUCUGCGUUGGGUCAUUCACGGAAUGAGUCGGACGCGAAACGUAGAUUACAACAGUACCAACGCGAUAUGAUUGCUCAAGCGACGCUGGCUCUUAACGGUGGAAAUGUCAACGCGGCAGCACUAAGUUCGUUGAGGACGAUCGGGUUUACAACCAUGCCCGGGCCGGGUAAGCCAAGACUGGCACCUUUGGGAUCUCCUGGACCCGUGACACCUAUGGAACUCGAAAAUGCUCAAGAUGGUUACUUGGGAGCACGGGGCGCUGCGGAUAUUCAAGUAGAAGAGAUCGCACGGGCUAUAAGAGCCGAAGAGGAACGCAAACGACGAGAGGGUACGACAUCACCCACCGUUGAGCUGGGACCUAGCACAUUCUGAGCCCUCCCGCCGCCUUUGCGUAUGAUACACAGCAUACGUCGCUGUUACUAGAUUUAUCGGAAUGGGAUAUUGUGAUUAAUCGUCUGCCGUAUCGUCGUUUUUUUUCUGCCACUGGAUCCUCGGCGCUCUGAGCAGAUUCCUGGUCGUGGAGGUCUUUCCAACAGCCCGAAUUCAGGCUUACCGUACCUAAGAAUAGGGGAGGGGAGGUCUCCUGUUCGGGUAUCAACGAUACCAUUCUUUCAGUUCCGAGGUUAAGAGUUGCAUUGCGCGGUCUGGAUCUAUUUAUCACGGCAUUUUCACCUGUUUGACUGCCAUCACGACUCCUGGCCCAAGCACACGUACCGGCGCCUCGAGCCGCGAUAUUUCAUUUGUCUCGUUUAUGAUACCCGAUAUCCUCAACAAAGACUGGAUGAUACAGCAACAGCUACUACACUUGCAUGCAUGGAUUCAACAGGCGUAGGGAAAUGGCAAAUAGGUUGUCAAUCGCGCGGCAGUCUGAUAUCCGCCAUCGUUUUUUAAUUCAUUUGAUUUGAUUUGCCCCGGCCUCUGUUAUAGACUUACUUUCGUUCU